UUUAAGUUUUUUUUAGUCAUAAAUAAAUAAUCAUGAUACCAUCAAGAGGCGAUAUCUCAUCGCCAAUAAUUAGAAAUCAUCUUAAAAAUGUAUAUGCAACUUUUACAUUAACUACCAUAUUCGCGGCAAUGGGGGGAUAUAUAUCUUUGCUUAAAGUGAUUAGAGAAGGGAUCAUAAGCUAUAUUAUACAUUUUAGUCUUUUACUUUGGUUAAUAAUGAUUCCACAUUAUAGUAAUAAUAUGAAAAAUCAAUUAACCCGUUUGGCAUUAUUGAAUGCUGCUGCCUUUUUCUCUGGAAUUAAUUUAGAAUCCAUUCUUGAUAAAAGCAUAUCUAUAGAUCCGGCGCUAAUUCCACAAGUAUUUUUAAGCACGAGUAUCAUUUUUAUAUCAUUUUCAUUGUCGACUCAAAAUAUUAUAAAGAAAGUUAAAAAAGGAGAUAAAGAUUAUAUCACGCAUAGUGUAGAUCUUUUCUUAGAUUUUAUACUUAUUUUUAAAAAACUUUUAAUUAUUUUAAUAAUAAAAGGGGACAAAAGAAAAAAAAUAAAUAAGUAUGUAUUUCAAUUUUUGUUUUAUAUGGAAAAACUUUUAAGUUAUUUGGUUCCGAUGACUCAUCAAUUCCCCCACAAGGUUUAAAUAAAUAGCCGGGGAAGGUUAGGCGCUUAUACUAGUCACGCUCAGGUUAACA